AUGUUAUGCCCGGGACUAUUCAUUUCUUCGGGUCCCAGCACCGAGAUUACCACUCGAGAGAUGCAGAUAAAGGAGCUGAAAUAUCUGACUAAGCAACAGGCGCAGCGGUUGGACGCAGAAAAGAAUGCUAAUGAUUACUUAACACGCCUGCUCAGUGAUAUCUCCGUGUUUCUGCUCGAUUACAAAGUUGUGAGCCCUAUUUUUUUGUGUCUAUGA